ACCCGGCCCACGUUAUCAAAUUUUGUCCAAAGUAUAGACAGGCCCGUUGGGCUGCCCAGCAGUCAAAAGGCAGCCACCACUAGGGGUUGCAACUGCCCCUACUUCCAGGCUAUGUGGAGAAGUGAGCGCGUGCGAACAGGACACUCCCAACCCACAUGAGCCCAUGGCAGAGGUUGCAAGCCCGUGCCUAGAUAGUUGUCCAGAGACCGCCUGUGUUAGCGUCUCUUUAGGCACGUCCCUCACAGGUGUGGCAGAAGAGUUAAAGGAGAGGAUGCCAGCCUGGGCCAAAAUGAAAAAGGAGAGUAAAGGACAACUGAUCUUAGUAGAUGUAGAGGUGUUUAGGAGUAGAGUAGGGGCCCUUAUAGAUUCAGGGGCCACCCGUAGCUAUAUUAGCCGUAGGGCGCUGAAGAAGCUGAGGCUAGGACUAAAAGUCCAGGAAUUAGUAGACCCCAUAGUCAGUGUCCUCGCAGACAACCACACGAUGCGCGUUGAGGACUAUGUAGAGGGAUUCCAGGCGUACUUUCGCCUAGAGAAGGAUGGGAAGGUGGAAAAAGUUCUCCAUUCCCUAACUCUCCUCGUACAAGAUGACCUUCCUUUCGAUGUAGUGUUAGGAAUGGAUUGGGGAGAGGCAGCAGGGGCCACACUCCAUUUGAGAGAACAUGAGUGUAGGCUCCCUAGUCCGUCAGGCGAGGUUAAGACUGCCCGCUUGUUCCAUGUGUCUGGUGUAGACAACACCUUGGCGCAUUGUUGUCUCAGUGCUCCCGCGUUCGCGCGAUUAGUGAAGAAGGAGCAGUUAGAGGAACAAGUCUUUGUAUUUUAUGUUAGACCUAUCAUUGAGGCCCAGGAAAGGGAUAGUUCCACAGAUCCAACAAUUGCCAAGUUGCUGGAAGAGUUCAAAGAUUUGACUGAGUCGCCGAGAGUAGUGCCGCGACCUAUCCAGCAUAGGAUAGAGAUAGAGCCUGGCAGUAGAACUUCGAAGGGUGCAAUCUACAGGAUGUCCCCUAGAGAGUUAGAGCAGUUUCGCAAGCAGUUAAACGAACUCCUUGAAAAGGGUUGGAUCAGGCCCAGUUUGUCUCCUUUUGGAGCACCAGUCUUAUUCGUCCCCAAGAAGGAAGGAGAGUUGAGAAUGUGCAUAGACUAUAGGGGUUUGAACGCGAUUACUGUAAAAAAUGCUGAGCCACUGCCCAGGAUAGACGAUCUCUUAGAUCGGGUGCAGGGUUGCAAGUAUUUCUCCAAAAUAGACUUGAAGUCCGGAUACCAUCAGAUAGAAGUCCAUCCUGAUGACCAGUACAAGACUGUGUUCCGGACUAGAUAUGGGCACUAUGAGUUCAUAGUGAUGCCCUUUGGACUAACCAACGCGCCAACUACCUUCCAACGUUGUAUGAAUGACCUGUUUAGACCAUGGUUAGAUAAGUUUGUAGUAGUCUAUCUAGAUGAUAUCCUAGUUUUUAGUAAGACCCUCCAGGAGCACCAGGGUCAUCUGAGGCAGGUCUUGGAGAAGCUACGAGAAGCUAACUUCAAGAUCAAUGCAAAAAAGUGUGAGUGGGCCAAGACACAGGUUUUGUACUUGGGCCACGUGUUGGACGGAGAUGGCAUUAAGCCAGAAGACAGCAAGAUAGCGACAAUUAGAGACUGGCCGACGCCCCGCACAUUGACAGAGUUGCGGUCGUUCCUAGGCUUAGCUAACUACUAUAGGAAGUUCGUGAGGAACUUCUCCACUAUCGCCGCCCCCUUGCGCAGACUGCUAAAGAAAGAGGCAAUCUGGCAAUGGGACAAAGACUGUACGUCUGUGCUCAAGAAGUUAAAGCGCGCGUUUAUAGAAUAUCCCAUCCUCAAAGUAGCAGAUCCGUCCUUGCCAUUUGUCGUUACCACGGACACAAGUCAGUAUGGGAUAGGCGCCGUGUUGCAGCAAGACGACGACAAUGGCUAUAGACCCGUAGAGUUCAUGUGAGCGAGGAUGCCCUGUGAGAAGGUUGCUACCUCCACGUACGAGAGAGAACUCAACGCUCUCAGGCAAGCUUUAGACCAUUGAAAGCACUAUCUGCUUGGGAGGCACUUCAAAGUGUAUUCUGACCACGAGACACUUCGUUGGUUAAAGACACAGGCCAAGAUGACACCUAAGUUGACUAGGUGGGCCGCAGAGAUAGACCAAUUCGACUUUGAGCUCAAGCCAGUAAAGGGCAAAUACAACG